AUGGCGUCUGCACUUUUCUUUCUCGACCUGAAGGGCAAGACCCUCCUUGCUCGUAAUUACAGAGGUGACAUCCCCAUGUCAGCCGUGGAGAAGUUCCCAGUGCUGCUAUCGGAUGCGGAAGAAGAGUCCUCGGCUGUGCCUCCUUGCUUCUCGCACGAGGGCAUCAAUUAUCUCUACAUUCGCCAUAACAACCUCUACGUCCUCGCCCUCACAAAGCGAAACACCAAUGCGGCCGAGAUCCUCCUGUUCCUACACAAGGUCGUCGAAGUCUUCACCGAGUACUUUAAGAUCCUGGAGGAGGAGUCCAUCCGAGACAAUUUUGUCAUUAUAUACGAGCUGCUCGAUGAGAUGAUGGACUUUGGCUACCCGCAAACCACCGAAUCGAAAAUCCUCCAAGAAUACAUCACACAAGAAUCACACAAGCUCGAGAUCCAGGCGCGGCCGCCCAUCGCAGUCACCAACGCUGUCUCGUGGCGUUCGGAGGGGAUCCGAUACCGGAAGAACGAAGUCUUUCUGGAUGUUGUCGAGUCGCUCAACCUGCUUGUCAGCGCCAACGGCAACGUGCUACGCUCUGAGAUUCUGGGGGCCAUCAAGAUGAAGUGCUACCUCAGCGGUAUGCCUGAGCUGCGUCUGGGCCUGAACGACAAGGUCAUGUUCGAGACGACGGGGCGCUCCACACGGGGCAAGGCCAUUGAGAUGGAGGACGUCAAAUUCCACCAGUGCGUGCGACUCUCGCGCUUCGAAAACGACCGGACCAUCUCCUUCAUCCCCCCCGACGGCGAAUUCGAGCUCAUGUCCUACCGCCUCAACACACAGGUCAAGCCCUUGAUCUGGGUGGAGUGCGUCGUCGAGUCGCACUCGGGCUCCCGCAUCGAGUAUAUGCUCAAGGCCAAAUCGCAGUUCAAGCGCCGCUCCACCGCCAACAACGUGGAGAUUAUCGUCCCCGUGCCGGACGACGCCGACUCGCCCCGCUUCCGAACCAACAUUGGCUCCGUGCACUACGCGCCCGAGCAGAGUGCCAUUGUGUGGAAGAUUAAGCAAUUCGGCGGAAACAAGGAGUUCAUGAUGCGUGCCGAACUCGGUCUGCCUAGUGUUAGGGGCGACGACGAGACGGGCGGAGGCAUGACGGGCGGCUUCGGUGGCAGCAUGGGUGGCGCGGGCGGCAAGGCGGGCAAGCGACCCAUCCAGAUCAAGUUCGAGAUCCCCUACUUCACAACCAGUGGUAUCCAAGUGCGGUACCUCAAGAUCACAGAGCCAAAGCUGCAAUACCCCUCCUUGCCUUGGGUUCGAUACAUCACACAGUCAGGCGACAUUGCAGUACGUCUGCCGGACGUGUCCUGA